AUGCCCAGCCCAGCACAUUACUACAAUCUCUUCUAUCAUUUCCAUCAUCCACAGUUGCAAGUACCAGAAGAAAAAAGCAUUAAAGAGCCUCGGCAACACUAUUGUGUUAACAGCAGUUCAGGAAAAUGCACACACCUGUGUUUGUUCUCUUACUUCUUAUGGGUUCAGCCUCUGGCAAAAAGCAAGGGGAUUUUGGCAUUUUUACCGCCUGUAAAAAGAACGCCAGUGUCAGACUGAGCUGUCAUUAUGCAGAGUGCGCGGGCUCUCCACCUUACGACUGUGAAUUCCAGGCCGGAAACGGAGAAGUCCUGGCCAAAGCGUCCAACAAGUUCUGCGAAUACCUCAUUGAGCAUCCUAAGCAAAGUUCUAAAAACUACACAUGCAUACUGACAAGAGUGAAGAGGAAGGAAAAUAGAACAAUAACUAUAGAUUCUUUAAAGCCCUGCUCUGCUGCCACAUUCUUAUCGCAACAGCAAACUCCAAACGUGCUACAAGCUCUGAUGAUUCUGACUUUCUUCGUCACACACAACUAGUCAUCUUAAGGGAUCAGCUGUGGGAAUUUUGAGCAGCAGAACCUCAAUCAUGUACUCCACAUAUUAUAUUGGUAAUAAAAAAGUGUACUGCUAUGUACUGCUAUUUGUAAAACGGAAUUGGUCCUUCCUGAACUAUAAUGAAGGAUGGCAUUUUGCAUCACAAAAAAAUGGCUACCGUACUUAAAUUAGUCAUAAGUAGUUACAAAACGUUUUUGUUGGGCAAUUGUUGUCUGCAUUUCUGAUUUUAGCUGGCUCUUGGUGAUGACGUCAUGUUUCUAUGUGGAGUUUUCCAUCAUGAGACUUUUUUUUUUUACGUCAUGAGUACAGAGCAUUUUUUGUUUGAUUCAAAAAACAUAUAGCCCUUUAUAUUUCUUACAAAUGAAAAUGAGCUAAAUUAUAACUUUGCUGAUUCGCUUUUAUUGAUAGAAAAGUUUGCCAUUUCACUUUUAUUUGUUUUAGUUGAUAUGAUAUAACAGCUAUUUCUCUAUUGAACUUCCGCACUGGCGUAGCUCAGCGGUUACUUCUCUCAACAAUUCUCCUGUAGAAUACGCUGAUUCCUCCCGUUCGCGGGAUCGAACCACGGGCGCUGUCCAGUGCUUUUACUUUUAUUACUAACAAUUCAAAUCAUUCCAUCAUCCGUUGGUCAAACCUGUGUCAUCGUCACAGUUUUUCUCCCUAAUUACAACCUCAGUUACAGUUGUAACAGUUGACUUUCUUCUUUCAGAUCUGAAUGAGGUUUCACAUUGGCUUUCACUUUCGUCAUAAAUUCAGUACAAAUGUUAGAUUUAAUUUAAAAAAUGCCAAUAAAAUUUUAUCACAUGUGUAUUUCCCGUAAGUAUUAAGUAUUUUGACAAUUUGACUACGAACUAGCUUAGUUUAAAGUGGAAAUCCGUCAAGUUAGACGACAGAUUCGGGACUUCCGGUUGGUCAUAAUCAAUAUAACGUUACUUACAGAGGGGAGGUCACGCCUCUGUACGGAAGAGGAUUAAGGCCACUUAAGAAUGAAGAAUAGAAUUCUGAGAAAAAAAUCAGAAUUAUGAUUUUUUUUUUCAGAAAUGAGAAGAAAAAAACUCCCCCACGAGUUUGUUUA